CAGAGCACGCCGGGAGCGGCGGGCGCGCGGCGAUGGCGGGCGCGGGGCCGGGCGGGGGGCGGGAUGGCGCCGUGAGGGCUGCGCUGGCCGUGGUCGCCGCGCUGGCGCUCGCCUUGGCCUGGCUGCUGCUGCGGGGCGCGCUGCUGGGCGCAGCGGCGCUGGGAGCGGCGGGCGCCUGGUGUGCCAUGCGGCCCGGCCCGCCCGCGCCGCGCCCGCCCGGCAAAGCCACCGCCAACGGGGGCCCGGCCGCGAGGGCCGCGCCGCGUCGCACCCAGCCCGGGGUCCCGCGCUGCCGGCCGCAGGCCCCGCGCCGCCGGUACCCGCUGCCUGAGGCCCGGCCGGCCGUGCCGCUGUGCCUGCCCGCCGCCCGCUGGGAGGGCGGCUCCCCCCGCAGCACGCCUUGGGCCCGCCGUGCCGGGCCGCUCCGCAGCCCCGUCACCGUGAGAAUCGCCCCACCGGCCGUCGGCAUCGCCCGCUCCCCGGCUCUAGAACAGCUGGUCUCGCCUCUGGCCUUCCCAGCCACCAGCAGCCCUGACCCAUGUGCGAAGGAGACUGUGCUGAAUGCCAUCAGGGAGAGCAGGAAAAGGGCUGUGGAGGAGGAGGAGGACCACCAGACUUUUGGGAAUGAUCAGGAGAGCAAAAGAAGGCGCCACGACAGCAGUGGAAGUGGGCAGUCCGCAUUUGAGCCACUGAUAGCCAAUGGUGCCCCUUCUUAUCUUAUACCCAAGCCAGGUUCUCUGAAGAGGGGCCUCAUCUCACACUGCCCGGAUGACUGCUCCAACAAGAGGUCUCGUACCUCCUCCAUGAGCUCCCUCAACAACACCUACGCCAGUGGGAUCCCCAGCUCCAUCCGCAAUGCCAUUGCCAGCUCCUACAGCUCUACCCGGGGCCUCACACAGCUGUGGAAGAGAAGAGGUGUAAGCGUGUCCCCUCUGUCCAGCCCAGCAUCCUCCCGCCCUCAGACACCAGAAUGGCCUCUCAAGAAAGCCAGGGAAGAGGAGUCACAGCGUUCCAACGCUUCCACCCCAGUGAAGUCAGACAAGGAGCUGCAGACAGAGAAAGUUGUGGAGUCACCAGUGUGGAAGAAGCACAAUUCCCUGAGCCCACCAUCUGCUUCGGGGAGCAGUGGGAAGCGCAAGCGGAAGAUUCCAUUGCUGUCAUCUUUCCGUGGGGACCAGCUGGUGCUGCCCCCACCACCUCAGCUGGGCUAUUCCAUCACCUCAGAGGACCUGGAUGCAGAGAAGAAGGCAGUGCUGCAGUGGUUCAACAGUGUCUUGGAAGACAAGGCUGAUGCAGUCCCCUCAACCACUGCAGAGAUGAUGCCUGUGUCCAAGCCACCGGUGUUUGUUGUGACCUCUCCUGGGCCGAUGCCUGCCUCCACAGCUCCUGCCCUGGCCAGCUCCUCACUUCUGGACAGUCUGAAGAAGAUGCAGAGCAGCCAGGCUGUAUCCACAACACCAGACUUCACUGGAACUGUGGCAGCAUCCCAACCACCUACGUCAGCUGCACAGCCACCUGCUACUUCUGUGUCAUUGGAGUCAAGCUCUCUGCCUGCCGUCUCUGCUGACACCAAGCCUGUGCCUAUAUUGAGCACACCUUCCCCCAGUGCUCCCCGUGCCCUGGUGGUGCAACCCCCCAGCAGCCUGGCCCCUCCUGUGUUCACUGAGCUGGGCCAGACCCCCAGCAAGCCUCCCUCCUUCCCAAAGCCAAGCAUCCUGUUUGGAAUGCUGAACACCCCGCCAGCCAGCCAGCCAACAGUGACUUUGGCCACUACCAUGCCCACCACGGCCACUGCCAUGCCCACCAUGGCCACUGCUACACCCACUGCUUCCACUGCUGUGCCCACCCCACCCACUGCCAUGUCCACCACAACCCCCAUCUUCAAACCCAUCUUUGGUGAUGUGCUGAAGAGUGAGAACACAGCAGUCUGCACAGCUGUCACUUCUACCACAGCCACCAUGCCUGUAAGCUCAGGCCCUGCCUCAGUGUCCUCCACAUCCUCCAUAUUCAAGCCCAUCUUUGGCAGCAUCACUGCAGCUUCAUCUCCAGCGAAAGUCUCUCCUUUCGCCUUCAAACCCGCAGCACAGUCAGCCUCGGAGCCAACAACUGCCUCCACAGCUACUGUGGCAGGAAUCUCGGGUUUUCCCAACGUCAUCUUCACCACUGCAGCUACAACUGCCAUCACCCAGAGUUCCUCCACGGAGGCCACCAUUAAACCUGUCUUCAGCUUUGGACCAAACCCACCUGCUUCCUCUGGCCCUGCUGCCAUUGUGACUGUCACUGCUGCCACCUCCACCAGCACAACACAGCCUUUCCUGUUUGGGGGCGUCUCCAGCUCUGCUCCUAGCACAGAAACCAGCUUUGCCCCCUCAGGGCCUGUGUUCCAGUUUGGGAAGCCACCUCCAGCUGCAGUCACUGCCACCACCAGUGUCCCAGGAGGCCCUGCCUUUGGCCAGGUACCUUCAAACUCAACGGUUGCUGCGACCACCAUGGGCUUUAGCAUAUUUGGGAGCACUACACUGACCACCUCUGCCCCAGCCACCACAGCUCAAGCACCGCUGACAUUUGGCUCCUCUGUUUCAGCUUUUGGCAGCUUUUCAGCCAGCGUAAAGCCACCGCCACCAUACCCUGGCACUGGGAGCCAGCUCACCUUCAGCACUGGGGCUGCUGAGAGCCAGGUGCCCACCAGCAAGCCUGCUGCUGGCCCCAUCAGCUUCACCUCCCCGUUCAGUUUCGGAGCUUCCCCGGCACAGUCAGUAGCUCAGCCAGCAUUUGGCAGUGGUGCCCAGCCAGCCUUCGGCACAACCAGUACCCAGGGCUCCUUUGGCACCAGCAGCACCCAGGCAGCGUUUGGGACCACCACCUCAGUGUUCUCUUUUGGAACAGCCACGUCCACCACAUCCAGCUUUGGUGCUACCACCCAGACCACAAGCAGCAGCACUGGUGCCACUGUUUUUGGCACCACCCCAUCUCCAUUCACUUUUGGGGCCAGCACCCAGCCGGGCCCCUCCACCAGCGCUUUUGGGAUGGGUACGCCGGGCCUCAGCAGUGGGUCCCCAGCUGUGGCCUUCAGCUUCGGGGCUGGGCAGAGCGGGGCAGCCCCGGCAGCAACACCCUUUGGCUCAUCUCUGCCACAGAGUGCACUGGGAGCACAGGGCCAGAGCACGCCCUUCGCCUUCACCAUGACCAGCACUCCCAGCAGCAAGCCUGCAUUUGGAGGAGCUCCAGUGCCCACCUUUGGGCAGGGCACACCUGUCCCUGGAGCCGUGGGCAGCGGAAGUGGCACCCUUUCCUUCAGGACACCCAGCACUCCUGCCUCAAGCUUUGGAGGAGUUGGCACUUCCUUUGGUUCAUCCACUCCCGCCUUCUCCAUCGGGGCAGGAUCCAAGAUGGGCACUCGCCAACGGCUGCAGGCACGGAGGCAGCACACCCGCAAAAAGUAACCCUAGUGCUGCUGGGCUCCACUGGCCCAUGUGUGGGGAGCUCUGGACUGGAGCUGUCCCUAUGGUGGGACCAGGCCCCAUCCCUGACACUCACUGGAUACCUUGCUGGGACAGGAUAAGCCAAACUCUUGUUACUUGAACAGUUCCAGAGCCAAGACUGGACAAAUCUCUGUACAUAUCCACAAUGUUCUUUCCCUCAAUUUAUUUUGCCUUGUUUAAUAAUGUGCACAUUUCUCUCCAUUUGCUUCUUCUAGCUGUUUCCAUGCCCCUCCCCAGCCCUCAGCCAGCCCCAAGGCCAUGUCCUGCUCAGAGCUUGGCUGGUGACAUGCUGUGGUUCUGAGUUGCUGUCAGACAACAUCUUCACCAAGUCCUGAAAUCUUUCCCAUUGUUCAUCCCAUGGCCUGGUGAACAUGGUCCCAUGCCUGCAGCCAGGGUGGGUUCCAACCUGGCUCUGUUUUGGUGCCUCAGGUGACUGCCAUUGAUGUGGCUGGGUAGCACCCCUGGGACCUAAUGUCCUGCUACCUCCAGCUGAGGACAUGUCAUAGCCUGGGACCUGGGCUGGAGGCACGGGGUGAGGAUGGGGUCCCCCCACCCCUCUCCCAUCUCCGCUGCUCCAUGGGGCUGUGGGCUGCCCCCCACUCUGCUCCCCAGUUCUGCUUUAUGUGUGCUCCUGUUCCUGUUCUUACUGAAUCGAGUUUGGAGGAAGAGCUAAACCGUGUGUGUGGCGGCAUGUUGGUUAUGCCGGAUUUGCUGUUUGGAGUUUCUUUUUCGGGGCACCAGUCCUUGGGGGGAGACGUGCCCUGGCUAAUUGGGUGUUGACAGUAGCAUCACUGCGUGGCUGCUCGUGCUGGGGAGUUGUCCCUUCCAUGUCGUGACUAAAAGGCAGCUAGGACAGGGGAUUCCAACCAUGGCAGUCUCUCCACUCCCUUCCCCUCUCUCCUUCCCCUCUUUUCUGCACUUCAGAGGGCUCUGGAAUUGCUCCCAGGAGUCCAGAGCAGAUGCAUUCUCCCCUCCAUCCCAAAUCCAAGUUGUUUUUCAUUCUUCAACUCAUUUCCAUCCCAGUGCGUUUUACUGGCUCCUAGGAACUGUGGUGCUGCCUCCCCUGUCCCCAUCCAGUCAGGAGUAGGAUUUACACCCUUCCCUGCCUUGGAGCUUCUAUGGGAAGAGACUGCCAGAGCUGGGGGUCACCAGAGAGCCACUCCCUACCCUGUCCCUGGUGAGGGAUGGGCACUCUAUUUCCAGGAGUGCUUUGCUGCCGGGUUUUUACUCUCCGAGCCGUGUGAGUGUGUGUGUUUGCUGGGAUCUAAAUUAAAAAAAAAAAAAAAAAAACCAAAAAAAAAAACCCAAAAAAAAAUCACAAAUAUUUAAACAUUUUUUAACAAAAUAAAAAUUUAUUUUUAUAUUUAAGCUAAAUUGCCUUCAAAUUCCUUCAAGCUUGGUUCAGUGAAGUUGCCUACCCCUAGCCCUUAGUGUUUAGCUAUUCCCAACCUGGCUGUGGCUGUGGGAAUGCACUGUGCUGGGAAAGGCAGCUGCAUCCUGCAGGCUCUGCCAUGCUCCCCCUGCUGUUCAUCAUCCCCUUCCUUUUAAAUGUGAUGUAUGUGAAUGUGACUAAACCUUUUUUUGUUUGUUUUUUUUUAAAGUUUUUAAUUAUUUCUCUGAGGGUGAGGAGCAGGAGCUCCCAUGUUAUGGUGCUGAGUGCCAGGGUCAAGACAUGUCUCCCAGCAGAAAGGGCAGGUGAUGGGCUCUGUGAGACACAGAGGGGACACAGUCCUGUAGUAAGGGAACAUAGACGACCUCCAGGUGCUGGUGGGAAUGUUCUGGCCAUCACCUACCAGCAUGGCUGUGGGUGCAGUGGGCCAAGAGCAGCCAAAGCUAGUGCCUGCCAAGACUGAUCCUGGGUGUCCUUUCCUGUGUCCCAGUUAGGAUCCUGGGCAAGAAGAGCACCUGCUCCCUGUCCUUGAGGUGUCAGGGUUUGGCCAGGUUAGCUCUGAGAAGGUGGGGAUGAGCUGGGACAAGGUUGAGGACACCUUGGCUCUGGGUCCUACCCCCAAGUAGCUGCCCCAUGUAGUCCCACACACCUGUGAGGAGCCAGGCUGUCCCUUCCCUGCCACACAGGCCCUGCUGGGAGAGCCCUUUGUGCUUGGGGGGAGGCUGGGUUUUAACUGAUUGAAGACUUGGAUCAUUCCUGGUGUGGCUGAUGAGGAUUUUAGUGUGAAUGUGCAAUUUUUGUUUCCUUGCUUCUUACGUCUCCGGUUUAAAAUAAAAUGACUGUGUUCA